GCGGUGCAUGAUGGUCAUAGUAGUUUACAAGCAGGUCAGCAGUUGUUUGUUUAUUCAGGGCGGACCCUCUCUUUUCAGGAGGAAUCAAUGAUCUUGUUUUUAACAUUUGUGCACAUCAUCGCAAUCAAAAUGGAAACAUGAAGUACUAAGAAGUGUAAUUAAGUUGCAGAGCUAUUAUUAUCCUGCACGUCGGCAGCUUCUGGGCAACGAUGAGGGAUCUGCAAGCCAUUGACAGCUGGCUCCUGAAAGAGUUGAAGGCAUGUUGUGCAAAAGAGUACAACUUUCUUCCCAGAGAGACUGGCCUGAAGCUGAUGGAGUCGGCUUCCACAGAGAAACACAGUGGAGUGUCUGCAAAAUGCAGAAACACCAGAGUGGAAGAACUGUGGGGCCUGACCAGUUUCUUCGGCUACAGCGCUCAAACAUUUGUUCAAGCUGUCAAUUUGCUUGAUAGAUUCCUCACCACUAUGAAGGUGCAGACCAAACACUUGCCCUGUAUUGGAGUAUGCUGUCUUCACAUUGCAGCCAAAAUGGUUGAGGAAGAGAGCAAUGUCACACCCACCCAUGAACUCAUACGCAUCAGCCAAAGCAAGUUCACUGUGUCAGACCUGUGUCGUAUGGAGAAGAUAAUCUCAGAGAAACUCAGCGUGGAGCCCGACCCAGUGACGGCUUUAACCUUUCUACACCUCUACUACUCAGCCUUCACAUCCCUGUCUGCUGGAAGGGAGGAGAUCCCAAGCAUUGGGAGACUGGAAGCCCAGCUAAAAGCCUGCUUAUGCCGACUUGUUUUCUCUAAAGCAAAACCAUCAGUGCUGGCACUGACCCUCAUUGCUCAGGAGUUUGAAGGCCUCCAGUCCAUCACAUUGUUGAAGAUUGUAAAGCAAUUCCAAAGACACCUAAAGAUCAGUGACGGCGAGCUGCUCCACUGGAAGGAACUUGUGGCCAAAUGCAUGACUGAAUACUGCUCAAGCGAAUGUAACAAACCAGACAACAAAAAGCUUGUUUGGAUUGUUUCCAGGAGGACGGCACAGAAUCUCCAGGCCAAUCACUUCAGUGUGCCCGGCCUGCCAACUAUUCCCGAGGGGAGCUGGGACGAGAGUGAGAGUGAGGACUCCUGUGAGGACAUGAGCUGUGGAGAAGAUAGCCCAUGCGGCUCGCCAGGAAGUGACGGCGAAGGCUUCUUUCCCUCCGCCUUUCUGAACCGCAACAAGUGACGAGUCCUCAUUGUGCAGUAGUGACGGAUGUGUAUUUGUCCCCUGAACGUAUCUGAUUUAAGGUGGUCCCCAUGUUUCUGAGCAAACCCAUGUUUCACUCGUCACACCACACUAGGUUUGACAUGUGACAGGUUUCAAUCAUUAAGUGCCUGUGUUGAUUCAGUUUACUCUCUGUUUCUUUAAUGAUUAAAAAAACAAAAAAAACAUAUCGUAUUAAUGCAAAAUGGAAAAUUGCAAUAUCUUGGCAGCUUGAUGGUUAUGCGUCUGAAUGUCUUUUUCCAAGAUGUUCUCUUUUGUGUUUAUUUGUGUCCGAGCUCAGCAUAUUCCAGGAAAAGCAGUGAAGCACAACGGAGAACUCGUGUGCGUCAGUCAUGAGGUACACUUAAAGUUGAAUACCAGCUAACACACUAGCACAUCCUCAACCUUUUUCUUUUUUUUUAAAGCCCAUUUUUCUACUCAAUACCUUACAUACCCACAGUAUUCUGCAAGCUUAUGUUAUACGUAUGUACACAAUCCUAAUGUGACAUAUAGGACAUUGUAGUGUGAAAAUACCAGACUGUAUAUGCAUGGAAACAUUAGAAUAUGUGAUUAUGAAUGAAUGUUGAUCAUGUUUACAAAAAUAAGCUUACUGUACAAAAAAGAAAUGUUUAAAAAAAAAAUGUACAUAACAUGUAAACAAAAGAAAGAAAAAAAAGUUAUGUUUUGUGAAUGCUACAUAAUGUGUGUUGUAUUUCGAUAUAGUGUGGAGUAUGUUGGAAGGGUCAGAAAUAAUGCCUCCAAAUAAAAAUACAAUCCUUUUUUA